AUGGGUAUUACGAAGAUCUUGUUGAUAAUAACAACAAUUGUUGGUUUGAUCAUCUCUAAUGAUACUGUUAGGGCUGAAAGUCCUUAUAGAUUUUUCACUUGGAACAUCACUUAUGGAAAUAUCAACCCUUUGGGCAUUACUCAACAAGGAAUUCUGAUAAAUGGGAAAUUUCCUGGUCCUGAUAUAUAUUCAGUAACCAAUGACAAUAUCAUCGUUAACGUCUUCAAUAAUCUGCCGGAACCGUUUCUCAUAUCUUGGAAUGGUAUUCAACAAAGAAAAAAUUCAUUUGAAGAUGGAGUAUAUGGAACCACAUGCCCAAUUCCACCAGGCAAGAACUUCACCUACAUUAUGCAAGUAAAAGAUCAAAUUGGCUCUUUUUUCUACUUUCCAUCUCUGGCCUUCCAUAGGGCGGCUGGAGCCUUCGGCGGCUUUCGUAUCCUCAGCCGCCCUCAAAUCCCGGUUCCUUUCCCUGAACCCGCCGGCGAUUUUACAGUCCUGAUCGGAGAUUGGUACAAAACAACUCACUCGAAACUAAAGGCAAUUUUAGAUGGAGGUCACAAGAUUGGAUUUCCUGAUGGAAUCUUAAUCAAUGGAAAGGGACCUAACAAGGAAUCUUUUACAUUUGCAAGAGGAAAGACUUAUAGAAUGAGGAUUUCCAACGUUGGACUACAAAAUACAUUGAAUUUUCAAAUUCAAGGCCAUGUCAUGAAGCUUGUUGAGGUUGAAGGGACGCACACGAUGCAAAACACAUACUCAUCCCUCGAUAUCCAUGUGGGCCAAACGUAUUCUAUCCUCGUGACAGCUGAUCAGCCUCCGAAAGACUACUACAUCUCGAUCUCAACUCGAUUCACCAACAAGACUCUCAAAACCAUCGCUGUGAUUCACUACGAGAACUCCAGUAAUUCAUUGUCUGGGAUAUUCACAAAAGCUCCCACUACGGUUAAUUGGUCAAUGGAUCAAGCACGUUCCAUUAGGACUAAUCUUACCGCUAGUGGACCUAGGCCUAAUCCACAAGGCUCAUACCCUUAUGGUUCUAUCAAUGUUACGAGGACCAUCAUGUUAGUUAGUUCGUCGGCACAAGUUCAUGGCAAACAAAGAUAUGGGGUUAAUAGUGUGUCUUUCGUUAACGCUGAUACACCACUCAAGCUAGCGGACUAUUUUCAUAUUAAAGGAGUUUUUCGCGUUGGAAGCAUACCCGACGAGCCAUCACACAAAACCAUGUCUCUUGAAACAUCGGUCAUGGGGGCCGACUAUAGAUCUUUUGUUGAGGUUGUGUUCCAGAAUGAAGAGAACAUUCUCCAAAGUUGGCAUCUUGAUGGAUACAACUUUUUUGUUGUUGGAAUGGAUGAAGGCAAAUGGAGUCAAGCUAGCCGAAGUCAGUACAAUCUUAAAGAUGCGAUCUGGCGUUGCACAACACAGGUUUAUCCCAAGUCAUGGACCGCGGUUUACAUAGCACUCGACAACGUGGGAAUGUGGAACAUGAGGAGCGAGUUUUGGGCACGUCAAUACCUCGGGGAACAGUUUUAUUUACGUGUUUACACAACCAGCACAUCGACUAGGGAUGAAUACAGGAUUCCAAAGAAUGCCCUUCUAUGUGGUAAAGCAGAAGGAAGUGAAAUAUGAAAUAAAACAUGCUUGAAAAAAAA